AUGCCUCAGAACGAGUAUAUCGAGCGGUGGACCAAGCAGCACGGCAAGCGGCUGGACCAUGACGAGCGAGUGCGGAAACGAGAAGCCCGAGAAGGCCACGCUCAGUCCGAAAAGGCACAGAACCUUCGUGGACUAAGAGCGAAGUUGCACCAGAAGAAACGACAUGCCGAGAAGAUACAGAUGAAGAAGGCCAUCAAGGCCCAGGAAGAAAAAGAUGUCAAGUCCGCGGCACCGAACGAACCCUCUUCCACCCCUCUCCCCAACUAUUUGCUCGACCGGUCACAAGCGAACCAUGCAAAGGCGCUCUCGAGUGCAAUUAAGAACAAGCGGGCAGAGAAGGCGGCCAAGUUCUCUGUGCCUCUCCCGAAAGUCAAAGGGAUCAGCGAGGAGGAGAUGUUCAAGGUGGUCAAGACGGGCAAAAAGACGGCGAAGAAGAGCUGGAAGAGAAUGAUCACCCAGCCGACGUUUGUCGGUCCAGACUUUACUCGACGACCGGUCAAAUACGAACGCUUCAUCAGGCCGAUGGGUCUUCGAUACAAGAAGGCGAACGUGACACAUCCCGAACUGGGAGUGACCGUGCAGCUUCCCAUUAUCAGUGUCAAGAAGAACCCCCAAAACCCUCUGUAUACGCAGCUGGGCGUAUUGACGAAAGGAACUGUGAUCGAAGUCAAUGUUUCAGAACUCGGCCUCGUCACGACUGGUGGAAAGGUUGUCUGGGGCAAAUAUGCUCAGGUCACGAAUGAUCCUAGUCGAGAUGGAUGCUUGAAUGCUGUUCUCUUGGUUUGA